AUGGCACUAACACUUCAGAAAUUUCUGAUUAUAAUUCUCUCGGAGAUUCUUGUUGCUGUCCUUGUUGCUUUGAUUUUUGCAUUUCUAUUCUGGCAGAGGCGUCGGCUAAGACCGACCCAGAGGUGUGCAGCUUCGUUGGAUGCACUGCGUCCGCAAAGGUGGGCCCAAAGGUUCACUCACAACCAGGUGAAGACCGCAACCAGCAAUUUCAGACAUAAGUUGGGGAGCGGCGGAUUCGGCACAGUGUUCAAAGGAACUCUACCAGACAAUGGCAAGGCUAAGAACUGCUCUUUGAAUCCUCAGCCUAAAUCUCAACCCGUGAAGAAGGUUUGGAAGGAGAAGACUUUUAGGGUAGUAUCUAAGGUUGGAGGUAAUGAAAAGGUGGAUCCUAAGAAGUUCUUGCCUAAGGAUAAUGAGGUUGUUUUCGAGAUCUCAAAGUUUUCUCUAGUUGAAGGUGGUUCGACGCUAGACUCUUCCAUCCAUCCUAUGGAGGCUUUAUCCCAGGAGGAGUUGGAUUUUUUGUCCUUUGGUUUCCCUUCUUCUGGUAGUAAGGAUUGUUUGUCUAGUCGGCUCAAUAUGGGGUGUUAUUUGGAAGAUCGAGAUAUUUUAGUUGCUUCUCCUCAUUCAAAGUUGCUUGCUACAGAUUUGUUGUGGGUGGAGGAGCUCCCUCCCCCUCAUUUUGAUUCCUUGGCUAGAAGGAUGGUGGUUAGUGUGAGAAUGGAGAGUUCAAAGCAAUUUGAAAAGCAAUUCCGAGCGGAAAUCAACUCUGUGGGAAUCAUAAAUCAUGCGAAUUUGGUGAGGCUUAGAGGAUUUUGUGCACAAGGAUCGCGAAGGUUACUGGUUUAUGAUUACAUGCCCAACGGCUCUCUAAAUUCUUUUCUUUUCACCAAUAAUUCGAAACACCAAUCGAAGAUACUGGAUUGGAGAACCCGAUUUGAGAUUGCAUUGGGUACUGCAAGAGGAUUACUUUAUCUCCAUGAGCAAUGCAGCGAUCGCAUCAUUCACGGCGAUAUAAAGCCCGAAAACAUUCUGCUAGAUAAGGAUUUUACUCCCAAGUUGGGGGAUUUUGGCUUAGCAAAGCUUGUGGGUAGAGAUUUCAGCAAGGUGGUAACUGCUACGAGGGGAACGAGAGGAUACUUGGCUCCUGAAUGGCUCUCUGGCCUUCCCAUCACUCCCAAGGUUGAUGUCUACAGUUUCGGCAUGACUCUCUUGGAAAUUAUAUCUGGCCAGAGAAAUCUGGACCUAAAUGUGCAAGAAUCAAGUAGGUACUACUUUCCAGCCUGGGUUAAAGAGCAAAUUUGUGAGAGAAACAUGAUAAAUAUUGUGGAUAAAAGGAUUGCAAGUGAUGCAGAUGUGGAAGAGUUGAGAAGAUCUGCCCUGGUAAGUUUGUUAUGCAUUCAAAAUGAUGAGAAGGCCAGACCGAACAUGGCACAAGUGGUGCUGAUGCUUCAAGAAGUUGUGCGUAUGAAAGAGCGCUGGUUCAAGAAUGCAACUUCUACUUUCAUAUUCGCCCUGGCUCCGCCUCCACAGAAUUCGAUAAGUGGGAAUGGACUGACAUUUAUCAUAAUGCCCAAAAAGACACAUAAGGGAGGCCAACAAGAUUCAUACCUUGGUUUGUUCAAUUUCACAAGCUUGGGACAACCUCCAAUCAUCUGUUUGCAGUCGAAUUCGACACAGUAA